GCGUGCAAAUUUUUAAGUGGUGUGAAAAAGUUAAUAUUUAAUACAUAAAAGUAUUCAAUAAAGUGCAAAAAUAGUUGAAAACGAUGGGCGACUCGCUGGAUAACACCGACACAUCGGUGGAUCCGGCCGUAAACCUGUCGAUUGCCAACUAUGAUGCAUUUGCAAAUUACUUGCGCAAGGCUGUCACCAUUUUAUUACCGGAGGAGGAUGUUGUGCCGGACUCAUUAAAUAAUGCAUUGGACGAUCCAGUAAAUCAGGAGACUAUUCGCAAGUUUCUGUCUGAUCCCCAAGUGCAGGCGCUAUAUGUUCAGCGAAAUUGCAUUAAAGAGGAUGACAGCGAACAACCGGCGGAAGGAGAGGAGGAGAAGGAGCAGGUGACUUAUCAAAUCAGCAACGAUGUGCACUUCACCAACAGCCGCAUGGCAUCGCUGGCCUGCAUCAAGCGUGGCGUAGUCGUCGAAGCGGACAAGUCUAUUCACUCGCAGCUGCGAUUGAUUAAUUUCUCGGACGGCUCGCCCUACGAGACGCUGCAUGCGUUCAUCAGCAAAUCGCUGGCGCCGUACUUCAAGUCGUACGUCAAGGAGUCUGGACGCGCUGAUCGCGAUGGCGACAAGAUGGCGCCAUCAGUGGAGAAGAAGCUGGCAGAGCUAGAGAUGGGCCUGCUGCAUUUGCAGCAGAACAUUGACAUACCGGAGAUUACGCUGACUGCCCAUCCGAUAGUUAACCAGGUCAUACGCAAAUGCGCCGAUGAGAACCACAAGGCCAAGGUGGUGGACUUUGGCGACAGGGUUGAGGACUCGUCUUUUCUCAAUCAGCUGCAAAACGGCGUGAAUCGCUGGAUUACCGAAAUCAAGAAAGUCACCAAGCUGAAUCGUGACCCCGGCUCCGGCACAGCGCUACAGGAAAUCUCGUUCUGGCUGAAUCUGGAGCGUGCUUUGUACCGCAUUCAGGAGAAACGCGAGUCUCCAGAGGUGGCACUUACACUGGACAUACUCAAGCAUGGCAAGCGCUUCCAUGCAACUGUUUCUUUUGACACGGACACAGGCCUCAAGCAGGCGCUGGCCACUGUGGCCGAUUACAAUCCGUUGAUGAAAGACUUCCCCAUUAACGAUCUGCUGUCGGCAACGGAGCUUGAGAAGAUUCGACCAGCUGUGCAGCAGAUUUUCUCACAUUUGCGCAAAGUGCGGAAUACCAAGUAUCCAAUCCAGCGCUGCCUUAAAUUGAUUGAGGCCAUCUCGCGGGAUUUGUCGCAGCAGCUGCUCAAGGUGCUGGGCACCCGCCGGCUAAUGCACAUUCCCUUCGAUGAAUUCGAGCGUGUAAUGAACCAGUGCUUCGAGAUAUUCAGCUGCUGGGACGAUGAGUACGACAAGCUUCAGGGUCUGUUGCGUGAUAUUGUGAAGAAGAAGCGCGACGAGCAUCUGAAAAUGGUCUGGCGCGUUUCCCCAGCCCACAAGAAGCUGCAGACACGCAUGGAGCAUAUGCGUAAGUUCCGGCGACAGCACGAACAGCUGCGCACCGUUAUUCUACGUGUGCUGCGACCCACCAAGCAGGCGGCCAACGAUGAUGGCAACGCCGUGGAAACUAAGCAGCCGUACAGCCUGGAUGCCGCCGAUGCAAAUGCCAUCGAAGAGGUCAACUUGGCCUAUGAAAAUGUCAAGGAGGUGGACUGCUUGGACAUAACCAAGGAGGGCUCCGAAGCCUGGGAGGCUGCUGUCAAGCGCUACGAGGAGAAGAUCGAUCGCGUGGAGACGCGCAUCACGGCGCAUUUGCGCGACCAGCUGGGCACAGCAAAGAACGCCAACGAGAUGUUCCGCAUCUUCUCACGCUUCAAUGCGCUGUUUGUGCGUCCGCACAUCCGUGGCGCCAUUCGCGAGUACCAGACGCAACUGAUACAGCGUGUCAAGGACGACAUUGAGGCGCUGCACGAGAAGUUCAAGGUGCAGUAUCCGCAGAGUAAAAGCUGCCGCUUGUCCUCGGUGCGUGAUCUUCCACCGGUGGCGGGCUCCAUUAUCUGGGCGCGUCAAAUAGACAACCAGCUGACCAUGUAUCUGAAGCGUGUCGAGGAUGUGCUGGGCAAGGGCUGGGAGACGCAUAUCGAGGGCCAGAAACUUAAGGCCGAUGGUGACAGCUUCCGCGCCAAGCUAUCCAUCUCGGACGUGUUCCACGAAUGGGCACGCAAGGUGCAGGAGCGCAACUUUGGCAGCUCCGGCCGCAUUUUCACCAUCGAAUCGACACGCUCGCGCGUUGGACGCGGCAAUGUUUUGCGUUUGCGUGUUAACUUUCUGCCAGAGAUCAUUACGCUGGCCAAGGAGGUGCGCAACAUUAAGAACCUGGGCUUCAGGGUUCCACUAACCAUUGUCAACAAAGCUCACCAGGCCAACCAGAUUUAUCCCUAUGCAAUAUCCCUGAUUGAAAGCGUUCGCACCUACGAGCGCACCUUGGAGAAGAUCGAAGAUCGCGCCAGCAUUGUGCCCCUGGUCGCUGGUCUGCGCAAGGAGGUCUUGAAUUUAGUCUCCGAGGGCGUGGGCCUCAUCUGGGAGUCGUAUAAGCUGGAUCCCUAUGUGCUGCGUCUCUCCGAGUGCGUGACACAGUUCCAGGAGAAGGUCGACGACUUGCUCGUGGUGGAGGAGCAGCUGGAUGUGGACGUGCGCUCGUUGGAAACGUGCCCGUACAGCGCGGCGACCUUUGUGGAGAUACUCUCCAAGAUUCAGCACGCCGUUGAUGAUCUGUCGCUGCGUCAAUACUCGAAUCUCAGUGUUUGGGUGACGCGCCUCGACGAGGAGGUGGAGAAGAAGCUAGCCCUGCGUCUGCAGGCGGGCAUUCAAGCCUGGACCGAGGCCCUGACUGGCAACAAGAAGGAAGUGGACACCUCCAUGGACACGGACGCACCCGCACAGCCCACGCAUAAGCUGGGCGGUGAGCCGCAGGUGCAGAAUGCAGUGCACGAGAUUCGCAUCACCAAUCAGCAAAUGUAUCUGUAUCCGUCGAUCGAGGAGGCCCGCUUCCAGAUCAUGCAACAGUUCUUCGCCUGGCAGGCUAUUGUCACCUCACAGGUGCGCCUGCAGAGCACACGCUACCAGGUGGGCCUCGAGAAGCCCGUCUCGCAAACCUAUCGCAAUCUGCUAACAAAGCUGCCGGAAGGCAAGGUCCUAGAGAACGCCUACGGCGCCAUCGAGCACAAGAUCAGCGAAGUGCGCAAUUAUGUGGACGAAUGGCUGCGCUACCAGAGUCUGUGGGAUCUGCAGGCGGAUACGCUGUACGGCCGCUUGGGCGAGGAUGUGAACUUGUGGAUCAAGUGCCUCAACGACAUUAAGCAGUCGCGCACCACUUUUGACACGUCGGACACGCGUCGCGCCUACGGCGCCAUCAUCAUUGACUACGCCAAGGUGCAGGCCAAAGUCACGCUCAAGUAUGAUUCGUGGCACAAGGAGGCGCUGGGCAAGUUUGGCACACUGUUGGGUACCGAGAUGACCACGUUCCACAGCAAGGUGUCCAAGUCGCGCACCGAUCUCGAGAUGCAGAGCAUCGAAGCGGCCAGCACCUCGGAUGCGGUCAGUUUUAUAACGUAUGUGCAGUCGCUGAAGAAGGACAUGAUUGCCUGGGACAAGCAGGUUGAGGUGUUCCGCGAGGCGCAGCGCAUUCUGGAGCGGCAACGUUUCCAGUUUCCCAACAACUGGCUGCACGUGGACAAUAUCGAGGGCGAGUGGUCCGCCUUUAAUGAGAUUAUUAAGCGCAAGGAUACGGCCAUUCAGACGCAGGUGGCCAGCUUGCAGGCUAAGAUUGUGGCCGAGGACAAGGCCGUGGAGACGCGCACCGUCGACUUCCUCAAUGACUGGGAGAAAACCAAGCCCACGGGCGGCAAGAUACGUCCCGAUGAUGCGCUGCAGCAGCUGCAAAUCUUUGAGAGCAAAUACUCACGGCUCAAGGAGGAGCGCGACAAUGUGGCCAAGGCCAAGGAAGCGCUCGAACUGCAGGAAUCGGCUGUGCCCAACAACAGUGCCGAACGCAUGAAUGUGGCCCUCGAGGAGCUGCAGGAUCUGCGCGGCGUCUGGAGCGAACUCUCCAAGGUAUGGACCCAGAUCGAUGAGACGCGCGAAAAGCCCUGGCUCUCGGUGCAGCCGCGUAAGCUGCGCCAGCAGCUGGAGGCGAUGAUGGCGCAGCUAAAGGAGCUGCCCGCCCGUCUGCGCAUGUACGAGUCGUACGAGUACGUGAAGAAGCUCAUCCAGAGCUACAUCAAGGUGAACAUGCUGAUUGUGGAGCUCAAGUCGGAUGCCCUGAAGGAGCGCCAUUGGAAGCAGCUAACCAAGCAGCUGCGCGUCAAUUGGGUCAUCUCGGAUCUGACGCUGGGCCAGGUGUGGGACGUGAAUCUCCAGAAGAACGAGGGCAUUGUCAAGGACAUCAUUCUGGUCGCCCAGGGCGAAAUGGCGCUGGAGGAGUUCUUGAAGCAGGUGCGCGAAUCGUGGCAAAACUACGAACUGGAUCUGAUCAACUACCAGAACAAGUGCCGCAUCAUACGCGGCUGGGACGAUCUGUUCAACAAGGUGAAGGAGCACAUUAACUCGGUGGCCGCCAUGAAGCUGUCGCCCUACUACAAGGUCUUCGAGGAGGAGGCACUCACCUGGGAGGAAAAACUGAAUCGUAUUAAUGCCCUGUUCGAUGUCUGGAUCGAUGUGCAGCGUCGCUGGGUCUAUCUGGAGGGCAUUUUCUCGGGCAGUGCUGACAUCAAGACCCUGCUGCCCGUUGAGACUUCGCGUUUCCAGAGCAUUAGCUCCGAGUUCUUGGGCCUGAUGAAGAAGGUAACCAAAUCGCCCAAGGUCAUGGAUGUGCUGAACAUUCCGGCCGUGCAGCGUUCGUUGGAGCGUCUGGCCGAUCUGCUGGGCAAGAUUCAAAAGGCGCUCGGCGAGUAUCUGGAGCGGGAGCGUACCUCCUUCCCGCGCUUCUACUUCGUGGGCGAUGAGGAUCUACUAGAGAUCAUCGGCAACAGCAAGAACAUUGCCCGCCUGCAGAAGCACUUCAAGAAGAUGUUCGCCGGCGUCGCUGCCAUCCUGCUGAACGAGGAGAACAAUGUCAUCUUGGGCAUAUCAUCGCGCGAAGGCGAGGAGGUGCACUUCAUUAAUCCGGUCUCCACCGUUGACCAUCCCAAGAUCAACGAAUGGCUCUCUCUGGUGGAGAAGCAAAUGCGUUUCACGCUCGCCUCGCUGCUGGCCCAGGCCGUGCAGGACAUUAAGCAGUUCCGCGACGGCAAAAUCGAUCCCCAAAAGUACAUGGAAUGGUGUGACAAGUAUCAGGCCCAAAUCGUUGUGUUGGCUGCCCAAAUCUUGUGGUCCGAGGACGUGGAGGCCGCCCUGCAGCAGGCCUCGGAGGGCAACGACGGCAAGCCCAUGCAGCGCGUGCUGGGCAAUGUGGAGCGGACGCUCAACGUGCUGGCCGAUUCGGUGCUGCAGGAGCAGCCGGCUCUGCGUCGCCGCAAGCUGGAGCAUCUGAUCAAUGAGUUUGUGCACAAGCGCACGGUUACGCGACGCCUGAUCACCAAUGGGGUCACCUCGCCCAAAUCCUUCCAGUGGCUGUGCGAGAUGCGCUUCUACUUUGAUCCCCGCCAGACCGAGGUGCUCCAGCAGCUGACCAUUCACAUGGCCAAUGCCCGGUUCUUCUACGGCUUCGAGUAUCUGGGCGUGCAGGACCGGCUGGUGCAGACGCCGCUAACGGAUCGCUGCUAUUUGACUAUGACACAGGCGCUGGAAUCUCGCCUGGGCGGCUCGCCGUUCGGUCCUGCGGGCACGGGCAAAACCGAAUCCGUCAAGGCCUUGGGCAACCAGCUGGGCCGCUUUGUGCUCGUCUUCAACUGUGACGAGACGUUCGAUUUCCAGGCCAUGGGCCGCAUCUUUGUCGGCCUCUGCCAGGUGGGCGCGUGGGGCUGUUUCGAUGAGUUCAAUCGUCUCGAGGAGCGCAUGCUCUCCGCCUGCUCGCAACAGAUCCAGACCAUCCAGGAGGCGCUAAAGUACGAAAUGGACAGCAACAAGGAGAGCAUCACUGUGGAGCUCGUGGGCAAGCAGGUGCGCGUCUCGCCGGACAUGGCCAUAUUCAUCACCAUGAAUCCCGGUUACGCUGGCCGCUCCAAUCUGCCCGACAAUCUGAAGAAACUGUUCCGUUCGCUGGCUAUGACCACGCCCGAUCGUCAGCUAAUUGCCGAAGUGAUGCUCUUCUCGCAGGGCUUCCGCUCGGCUGAGAAACUGGCCUGCAAGAUUGUGCCCUUCUUCAAGCUCUGCGACGAGCAGCUGUCCAACCAGAGCCAUUACGACUUUGGUCUGCGUGCGCUCAAGUCCGUGCUAAUCUCGGCGGGCAAUGUGAAGCGUGAUCGCAUCAUGAAGAUAAAGGAGCAGAUGCGUCAGCGCGGCGAGGAGAACAUCGAUGAAGCUUCCGUGGCCGAGAAUCUGCCCGAACAGGAGAUACUCAUACAGUCGGUGUGCGAAACCAUGGUGCCCAAGCUGGUCGCCGAGGAUAUCCCAUUGCUCUUCUCGCUGCUCAGCGAUGUGUUCCCCAAUGUGGGCUACACACGCGCCGAGAUGAAGGGCCUCAAGGAGGAGAUACGCAAGGUGUGCCAGGAGGAUUAUCUCGUUUGCGGCGAGGGUGACGAACAGGGCGCUGCCUGGAUGGAGAAGGGACUCGGCUCCACUUGGGUCGACAAAGUGCUGCAACUUUACCAAAUCUCUAAUCUGAAUCAUGGCCUCAUGAUGGUUGGCCCCUCCGGCUCCGGCAAGUCGACGGCCUGGCGCACCCUGCUCAAGGCACUGGAACGCUUCGAGGGCGUUGAGGGCGUGGCUCACGUAAUCGAUCCCAAAGCUAUAUCGAAGGAGGCGCUCUACGGUGUGCUCGAUCCGAACACGCGCGAAUGGACCGACGGCCUGUUUACGCACAUUCUGCGCAAGAUUAUCGACAAUGUGCGCGGCGAGAUAAACAAACGGCAGUGGAUCAUCUUUGACGGCGAUGUCGAUCCCGAGUGGGUCGAAAAUCUCAACUCCGUGCUCGAUGACAACAAACUACUGACGCUGCCCAAUGGCGAGCGCCUCUCGCUGCCGCCUAACGUGCGCGUCAUGUUCGAGGUGCAGGAUCUGAAGUUUGCGACGCUGGCGACAGUUUCGCGUUGCGGCAUGGUCUGGUUCUCGGAGGAUGUGCUCUCCACUGAGAUGAUAUUCGAGAAUUAUUUGUCCCGUUUGCGCAGCAUACCCCUGGAGGAUGGCGACGAGGACUUUGUGGGCGUCAUCAAGCCUGGCGGCGCCAAGGACAAGGAGGAAGAGGUGUCGCCCUCUCUGCAAGUGCAACGCGACAUUGCCCUGCUGCUGCAGCCCUUCUUCUCGGCCGAUGGCAUUGUGGUGCGCACUUUGGAGUAUGCCAUGGAUCAGGAGCAUAUCAUGGACUUUACGCGCCUGCGCGCCCUCAGCUCCCUGUUCUCCAUGCUGAAUCAGUCGGCGCGCAAUGUGCUCAACUUUAAUGCACAGCAUCCUGAUUUUCCCUGCUCCGCCGAUCAGCUGGAGCACUAUAUACCCAAGGCACUCGUCUACUCGGUGCUCUGGUCAUUCGCUGGCGAUGCCAAGCUAAAGGUGCGUAUCGAUCUGGGCGACUUUGUGCGCAGCGUGACCACGGUGCCGCUACCAGGUGCAGCCGGAGCGCCUAUCAUUGACUACGAGGUGAGCAUGAACGGCGAAUGGGUGCCCUGGAGCAACAAGGUGCCGGUCAUCGAAGUGGAGACACACAAGGUGGCCUCGCCCGACAUUGUGGUGCCCACGCUGGACACGGUGCGGCACGAGUCGCUGCUCUACACGUGGCUGGCCGAGCACAAGCCGUUGGUGCUCUGCGGUCCGCCUGGCUCCGGCAAGACCAUGACGCUGUUCUCGGCACUGCGUGCCCUGCCCGACAUGGAGGUCGUGGGUCUCAAUUUCUCAUCGGCCACAACGCCGGAGCUGCUGCUGAAGACGUUCGAUCAUUAUUGCGAGUACCGCAAGACACCAAACGGCGUGGUUCUCUCCCCCGUCCAGAUUGGCAAGUGGCUGGUGCUCUUCUGCGACGAGAUCAAUUUACCGGACAUGGAUUCUUAUGGGACGCAGCGCGUCAUCUCGUUCCUGCGUCAGCUGGUCGAGCAUAAGGGCUUCUAUCGCGCCAACGAUCAGGCUUGGGUUUCGCUGGAGCGCAUUCAGUUUGUGGGUGCUUGUAAUCCGCCCACAGAUCCCGGUCGCAAGCCGCUCUCGCAUCGCUUCCUGCGGCAUGUGCCCAUCAUAUACGUGGACUACCCAGGCGAGACGUCGCUCAAGCAAAUCUACGGCACCUUCUCGCGCGCCAUGCUGCGUCUAAUGCCAGCCUUACGCGGCUAUGCCGAGCCCCUCACCAAUGCCAUGGUCGAGUUCUAUUUGGCGUCGCAGGAUCGCUUUACGCAGGACAUGCAGCCGCAUUAUGUGUACUCGCCACGUGAGAUGACCCGUUGGGUGCGCGGCAUCUGUGAGGCCAUACGACCCUUGGACUCGCUGCCCGUGGAGGGUUUGGUGCGUCUAUGGGCGCACGAGGCGCUGCGUCUGUUCCAGGAUCGUUUGGUCGACGAUUCCGAGCGCCGCUGGACCAAUGAGAAUAUCGAUCUGGUCGGACACAAGCAUUUCCCGGGCAUCAAUCAGGAGGAGGCACUGCAAAGGCCCAUCCUCUACAGCAAUUGGCUGUCCAAGGAUUACAUGCCGGUGAAUCGCGAAGAACUACGCGAUUAUGUGCGUGCCCGCCUCAAGGUCUUCUACGAGGAGGAGCUGGACGUGCCGCUAGUGCUGUUCGACGAGGUGCUCGACCAUGUGCUGCGCAUCGAUCGUAUCUUCCGCCAGCCGCAGGGUCAUCUGCUGCUUAUCGGCGUCUCCGGGGCGGGCAAGACGACGCUGUCGCGCUUUGUGGCCUGGAUGAACGGCCUGUCCAUAUUCCAGAUCAAGGUGCACAACAAAUACACCAGCGAGGACUUUGACGAGGAUCUGCGCUGUGUGCUGCGCCGUUCCGGUUGCAAGGACGAGAAAAUCGCUUUCAUUUUGGACGAAUCGAAUGUUCUGGACUCUGGCUUCCUGGAGCGCAUGAACACGCUGCUGGCCAACGGCGAGGUGCCCGGCCUUUUCGAGGGCGACGAGUACACCACACUGAUGACCCAAUGCAAAGAGGGCGCCCAGCGCGAGGGUCUGAUGCUCGACUCCAGUGAUGAGCUGUACAAGUGGUUCACACAGCAGGUGAUGCGCAAUCUUCACGUUGUCUUCACCAUGAACCCAUCGACCGAUGGCCUUAAGGAUCGCGCGGCCACAUCGCCGGCCUUGUUUAAUCGCUGUGUGCUCAAUUGGUUCGGUGACUGGUCGGACUCGGCCUUGUUCCAAGUGGGCAAGGAGUUCACGACGCGUGUGGAUCUGGAGAAGCCCAACUGGUCGCCACCGGACUUCUUCCCCUCGGUGUGUCCAUUGGUGCCCGCCAAUCCGACGCAUCGCGAUGCCGUCAUCAACAGUUGCGUCUAUGUGCAUCAGACCCUGCACCAGGCCAACGCCCGGCUGGCUAAACGUGGCGGACGCACCAUGGCGGUGACGCCGCGUCAUUAUCUCGACUUUAUCCAUCAUUUUGUCAAGCUGUACAAUGAGAAGCGCAGCGAUCUCGAGGAGCAGCAGCUGCACUUGAACGUGGGUCUCAACAAGAUUGCGGAGACCGUGGAGCAGGUGGAAGAGAUGCAAAAAUCGCUGGCGGUCAAGAAGCAGGAGCUGCAGGCCAAGAACGAGGCGGCCAAUGCUAAGCUGAAGCAAAUGUUCCAGGAUCAGCAGGAGGCCGAGAAGAAGAAGAUCCAAUCGCAGGAGAUACAAAUACGGCUAGCGGACCAAACGGUCAAGAUCGAAGAGAAGCGCAAGUACGUCAUGGCCGAUCUGGCCCAAGUGGAGCCCGCCGUCAUUGAGGCGCAACAAGCCGUGAAGUCCAUACGCAAACAGCAGCUCGUUGAGGUGCGAACGAUGGCGAAUCCGCCGUCCGUGGUGAAAUUGGCACUCGAAUCGAUUUGCCUGCUGCUGGGCGAGAAUGCGACCGAUUGGAAAUCGAUACGCGCCGUGAUAAUGCGUGAAAAUUUCAUUAAUUCAAUUGUAUCUAACUUCGGUACCGAGAACAUAACCGAUGAGGUCCGGGAGAAGAUGAAGUCCAAGUACUUGAGCAAUCCGGACUACAACUUUGAGAAGGUCAAUCGCGCCAGCAUGGCCUGCGGUCCCAUGGUUAAAUGGGCCAUUGCCCAGAUCGAGUACGCGGACAUGUUGAAGCGCGUGGAGCCGCUGCGCGAGGAGCUGCGCUCGCUGGAGGAGCAGGCGGAUGUGAAUUUGCACAGCGCUAAGGAGACAAAGGAUCUGGUCGAGCAGCUGGAGCGCAGCAUUGCUGCCUACAAGGAGGAGUACGCACAGCUCAUCUCGCAGGCGCAGGCCAUUAAAACAGAUCUGGAGAACGUUCAGGCCAAGGUCGAUCGCUCGAUCGCACUGCUCAAGAGCUUGAAUAUCGAACGCGAACGCUGGGAGUCCACCAGCGAGACAUUCAAGUCCCAAAUGUCCACGAUUGUCGGCGAUGUCCUGCUCUCGGCCGCCUUCAUCGCCUACGGCGGCUAUUUCGAUCAGCAUUAUCGGUUAAAUCUGUUCACGACCUGGUCGCAGCAUCUGCAGUCGGCGAGCAUACAGUAUCGCGCGGACAUUGCGCGCACCGAGUAUCUGUCCAAUCCGGACGAGCGGCUGCGUUGGCAGGCGAAUGCCCUGCCCUCGGACGAUCUGUGCACCGAGAAUGCCAUCAUGCUGAAGCGCUUCAAUCGUUAUCCGCUAAUCAUUGAUCCGUCGGGCCAGGCGACCACCUUCCUGUUGAACGAGUAUGCGGGCAAGAAGAUAACGAAGACCUCCUUCCUGGACGAUUCGUUCCGCAAGAACCUCGAGUCGGCGCUGCGUUUCGGCAAUCCCCUGCUCGUCCAAGAUGUCGAGAACUAUGAUCCCAUAUUGAAUCCCGUGCUCAAUCGCGAGCUUCGUCGCACUGGCGGCCGUGUGCUGAUCACGCUGGGCGACCAGGAUAUCGAUUUGUCGCCCUCGUUCGUCAUCUUCCUGUCGACACGCGACCCGACAGUUGAGUUCCCGCCGGAUAUUUGUUCGAGGGUCACGUUCGUUAACUUCACGGUGACGCGCAGUUCGCUGCAAUCGCAGUGCCUGAACCAGGUGCUGAAGGCCGAGCGUCCGGACAUUGACGAGAAACGCUCCGAUCUGUUGAAGCUGCAGGGCGAGUUCCGUUUGCGUCUGCGCCAGCUGGAGAAGAGUCUGUUGCAGGCACUGAACGAUGCCAAGGGCAAGAUUCUGGACGACGAUUCGGUUAUCACAACGCUGGAGACGCUCAAGAAGGAGGCCUACGACAUUAACCAGAAGGUCGACGAGACGGACAAGGUCAUCGCAGAGAUCGAAACCGUGUCGCAACAGUAUCUGCCGCUGUCGGUGGCCUGCAGCAACAUGUACUUCACGAUGGACAGCUUGAAUCAGGUGCACUUCCUGUACCAGUACUCGCUGAAGAUGUUCCUCGACAUUUUCUCGACGGUGCUGUACAAUAAUCCGCGGCUCGAGGGUCGCAGCGAUCACUCGGAGCGUCUGGGCAUCGUCACACGAGAUCUGUUCCAGGUGUGCUACGAGCGCGUGGCACGCGGCAUGUUGCACAACGAUCGCCUGACCUUUGCGCUGCUCAUGUGCAAGAUUCAUCUGAAGGGCACCGGAGAAUCCAAUCUGGAUGCGGAGUUCAAUUUCUUCCUGCGCAGCCGCGAGGGCCUGCUGGCGAAUCCGACGCACGUCGAAGGACUCAGUGGGGAGCAAAUCGAGGGCGUCAAUCGUCUGGCCACACGUCUGCCCAUCUUCCGCAAGCUGGUGGAGAAGGUGCGCUCCAUGCCGGAGCUGGGCGCCUGGCUGCAGCAGAGCUCCCCGGAGCAGUGUGUGCCCCAGCUGUGGGACGAGUCGAAGGCGUUGAGUGCCAUAUCCAGCUCGGUGCAUCAGCUGCUGCUCAUACAGGCCUUCCGGCCGGAUCGCGUUAUUGCCGCCGCCCACAAUGUGGUCAAUACGGUGCUGGGCGUCGACUUUAUGCCGAAUGCAGAGCAGGAGCUGGACUUUACGGCCGUUGUGGACAAGCAGCUGAACUGCAAUACGCCCGCCUUGCUCUGCUCCGUGCCCGGCUUCGAUGCGUCCGGUCGUGUGGAUGAUCUGGCCGCCGAGCAGAACAAGCAAAUCUCGAGCAUUGCCAUCGGCUCCGCGGAGGGCUUCAAUCAGGCGGAACGCGCCAUCAAUAUGGCCUGCAAAACAGGACGCUGGGUGCUGCUCAAAAACGUGCAUCUGGCGCCGCAGUGGCUCGUGCAGCUGGAGAAGAAGAUGCACUCGCUGCAGCCGCACUCCGGUUUCCGUCUGUUCCUUACUAUGGAGAUCAAUCCCAAGGUGCCCGUCAAUCUGUUGCGCGCCGGCCGCAUCUUCGUCUUCGAGCCGCCGCCGGGCAUCCGGGCCAAUCUGUUGCGCACCUUUUCGACAGUGCCGGCAGCGCGCAUGAUGAAGACGCCCAGCGAGCGUGCCCGGCUCUAUUUCCUGCUGGCCUGGUUCCAUGCCAUCGUCCAGGAGCGACUGCGCUAUGUGCCCCUCGGCUGGGCCAAGAAGUACGAGUUCAAUGAGUCGGAUCUGCGCGUCGCCUGCGACACUCUGGACACCUGGAUCGACACCACGGCCAUGGGACGCACCAAUUUGCCACCCGAGAAGGUGCCCUGGGAUGCGCUGGUCACGCUGCUCUCGCAGUCCAUUUACGGCGGCAAGAUUGACAACGAUUUCGAUCAGCGCCUGCUGCAAUCCUUCCUGAAGAAACUGUUCACGGCACGCAGCUUCGAGGCGGACUUUGCCCUGGUCGCGAACGUGGAUGGCGCCUCGGGCGGCCUGCGGCACAUAACCAUGCCGGAUGGCACACGGCGCGAUCAUUUCCUCAAGUGGAUCGAGAACCUGACCGAUCGACAAACGCCCUCCUGGCUGGGUCUGCCCAACAAUGCCGAGAAGGUGCUGCUGACGACACGCGGCACGGAUCUGGUGAGCAAGCUGUUGAAGAUGCAGCAGUUGGAGGAUGACGACGAGCUAGCCUACAGCGUCGAGGAGCAGUCCGAACAGUCGGCCCUGGCCGUAGCACGCAGCGAGGACGGCCGUCCGUCCUGGAUGAAGACGCUGCACAACUCGGCCACCGCCUGGCUGGAGCUGCUCCCCAAGAAUUUGCAGGUACUCAAGCGCACCGUGGAGAACAUCAAGGAUCCGCUGUAUCGGUACUUUGAGCGCGAGGUGACCAGCGGCGCCCGCCUGCUGCAGACGGUCAUCUCAGAUCUGCAGGAUGUGGUGCUCAUCUGCCAGGGCGAGAAGAAGCAAACGAAUCAUCAUCGUUCCAUGCUCUCCGAACUGGUGCGCGGCAUCAUACCCAAAGGCUGGAAACGCUACACCGUGCCCGCCGGUUGCACCGUCAUCCAGUGGAUCACGGACUUUAGCAUGCGCGUCCAGCAGCUGCAGAAGGUGUCGCAGUUGGUCUCGCAAGCGGGCGCCAAGGAGCUGCAGGGCUUCCCCGUCUGGCUGGGCGGUCUGCUCAAUCCGGAGGCAUACAUCACCGCAACCAGGCAGUGUGUGGCCCAGGCCAAUAGCUGGUCCCUGGAGGAACUCACCCUCGACGUGACCAUCACGGAUGCGGGUUUGAAGACCGACCAAAAGGACAGCAGCUUUGGUGUCACCGGCCUGAAGCUGCAGGGCGCCCAGUGCAAGAACAACGAGCUGCUGCUGGCGUCCACCAUCAUGAUGGAUCUGCCCCUCACCAUACUCAAGUGGGCCAAAAUCUCAUCGGAGCCACGGGUAAGCAAACUAACUUUGCCCGUUUACUUGAAUUCGACGCGCACCGAACUGCUCUUCACCGUCGAUUUGGCUGUGGCCGCUGGCCAAGAUUCGCACAGCUUCUAUGAGCGCGGCGUCGCCGUUCUGACGUCCACGGCCCUCAAUUAAAAUAUCCGUAUUCCACA